CCCCCAUCGAUUCUCGUAUGCCCGUAGUAGGACCAUAUUACUAAAGUCAUUAUGCUGUCCCAAAUCCAGUCCGAGACGCCGCCCGAGAACCUCGCGGCUUUGGCCGAGACACAUUACUUCUCGGCCAAUCCACCCCCGAAAGACCUCGAGAAGCAUGCUGCACUCGCCCGCGAGUUCAUUAACUACCAUUCGGAAGCCGGAAGACGGCUAGUUCUGAUCACCUCGGGAGGCACCACGGUGCCAUUGGAAAAGCAGACAGUGCGCUUUAUCGACAAUUUCUCUGCCGGCACCCGCGGAGCUACAAGCGCCGAGUACUUCUUGGAGGCCGGAUAUGCCGUCAUCUUCUUUCAUGCAACCGACUGCUUCCUUGACUUUCUACGAGAGGGCCCGAAUGGCAGCGUCGUGGCCCGUGACGAGGACGCUGCCAAGAUGCUCCACGUCCUGAGGAAGUACCGCGAUGCCCGCGAUCGCAACAUGCUGCUUCUGCUGCCGUUCGUUAGUAUCUCGGACUACCUGCACGAGCUGCGUAGCGUUGCGCGACUGAUGCGGCCGCUCGGUCCUCGUGGGCUCCUGUACCUGGCCGCCGCCGUCAGCGACUUCUUUGUUCCUCCGGAUCGCAUGUCGGAGCACAAAAUCCAGAGCACCGACGCUGCGGAUGCCUUCAAGAGGAGCCAAAGCGCCAAUUUUCGGCCGGAGGCUGAAGAGGAAGAAACCUUCGACAACUUCGACUCCUCUCCUUCAGUGCCCAGGAGCAAGAGCCUAGUGAUUGACCUCGACCCGGUGCCCAAGUUCUUGAAGAACCUGGUCGAAGGCUGGUCACCGCAGGGCAUGAUUGUGUCCUUCAAGCUCGAAACAGACCCCACCAUCCUGGUUUACAAGGCCAGAUACUCGCUUGAUCGUUACCAACAUCAUCUUGUCAUUGGCAACUUAUUGGCCACGAGGAAGUGGGAAGUUAUUCAGGUCUUUGUCUCUCCGGGAAAUCCAGAUCGUUGGAUCCGCGUGCCGACUGGGCGCGGGGCUGGAAGGAAUGCUCCGGCGGCGGAUACGGAGAAGGCCGAGCCCAUCGAUCCCAAGAGCUUGCCCGAGGGCGAACCUGAGGUGGAAAUUGAGAGCCUCAUCAUUCCGGCUGUCGAGGAACUGCACACCAAGUACAUUAAGACAUUCGAAGGAAAGGAGCGAGUAUGA